AAGCAGGAUAAUAGAUUCCAGCGAUCUCAACAAAUUAAUAUUAUACUAUGAGUGGGUGCGUGCAGAAGUCAUAUUCGGUAUUGUCUCGUAAAAAAUGUCUAACAGAAGCGUCGGCUACCAAUAGGCCGGAGGAUGGGUCGAACAGCGCCGCCUUGGCCCGGGUCUUAACCACGCUCGACCUUACUGCUCUUGGUGUAGGAUCCACGAUGGGAGUUGGCGUCUAUGUGCUGGCUGGUGCCGUUUCGAAGAAUCAUGCAGGACCUGCGAUUGUCAUAUCGUUUCUUAUUGCUGCCAUUGCAAGUGUAUUUGCAGCUUUGUGCUACGCGGAGUUCGGUGCUCGUGUGCCCAAGGCAGGAUCCGCCUACAUCUACAGCUACGUUUGCGUAGGCGAAUUCGUAGCAUAUUUAAUAGGAUGGAAUCUGAUUAUGGAAUAUGCUAUAGGCGCUGCCAGUGUUGUCAAAGCCAUAAGCACAUAUUUAGACGCCUUAAUAGGAAAAGUGAUCAGUAACUACUUGAGGGAGCAUCUGCCAAUCGACGUCAGUUUUUUAUCGCCCUAUCCUGAUUUCUUCGCUUUUGGCGUCACUAUGUUAUUCACCAUUGCCCUAGCCUUUGGAGCGAAGGAAUCAUCGCGCUUCAAUAACUUAUUCACCUUGGUCAACUUAGCUGUGGUUGGCUUUUUCGUGGCGGCUGGUGCAGUCAAAGCCGAUGCAUCAAAUUGGUCGCUGCCUCCAACGGCAGGUCACGGAGAUGGUGGAUUUGCUCCUUAUGGCAUAGUAGGCAUCAUCGCAGGUGCUUCUAAGUGCUUCUAUGGUUUCAUUGGCUUCGAUUGUGUUGCCACUGCGGGAGAGGAGGCCAAAAAUCCAAAGAAAUCUUUACCCAUUGCUGUAAUAGGAUCAUUGUUCAUAACAUUCUUGUCGUAUUUUUCGAUAUCAACUGUACUGACUAUGUUGCUUCCAUAUUAUGAGCAGGACGUCGAUGCACCACUUACCCACGCUUUUGAAUUGCUCGGAUGGACAACUCCUCAAUAUAUUGUUAGUAUAGGAGCAAUUUUUGGACUUUGUGCGAGUUUAAUGGGCUCAAUGUUUCCUUUGCCACGUAUUAUUUAUGCUAUGGCUUCAGACGGAUUGUUAUUCGAAUUUAUGGGAAGAGUGCAUCCUCGGUUCAAGACACCAUUCCUCGGGACUUUGUUGGCUGGUUUUCUUACGGGCCUAAUGGCAUUAUUUUUCGACCUGGAAGAAUUAGUUGAUAUGAUGUCAAUUGGAACCUUACUAGCGUAUUCAAUGGUCGCUGCUUGUGUGAUGUUACUUAGGUAUGAAAUUGAUAGAACCGAAGAUGAAUCUAAGCUACUAGAAGUACCAUCUCAAGGCGUAUUUCAUACAUUUUUUAAUGUUGGACGCAGAACAAAAGCUCCAACUGUUAGAACUUCUGCAAUUGUAACAUGGUCCGCAACUUCUUACACAAUCCUGUGUCUAUCUGGAUGUCUCAUUGCUACCAAAAUGGAUGGAUUUUCUGACGGCGAGGUUUUGCCUGUGGUCCUUGUUGGGGUCAUAGCAGCAGUCGCCCUUAUGUGCCUUUUGAUCAUUGCUAGGCAACCUCCAUCUUCGGCCAAACUUUCAUUCACAGUACCAUUUGUACCGUGGUUGCCGGCACUCAGCAUUUUGAUCAAUGUCUUUUUAAUGAUGAGCUUGUCUGUCACCACUUGGGUGCGGUUUAUGAUUUGGAUUGUUGUAGGCUUACUCAUUUACUUUGGCUACGGACUCUGGCAUAGUCACGAACGUGAAAGUAUUCGUAAAAAGUUACUGGCCAAGAAACCUCCACCUCCAGCAACAGAAAAAAGUUCAGAAGAUCAUGAAAAUGGAUACAUCAAUGGUGGUUUUGAGGCACAACUGUAAUUUUAAUAAUAUCAGAAUAAUUAUACUUGAAUAUUAAUCGUGAAGAUAAAAAGUGAUGAGGACAAUCUUGAGAAGGAAAUAUUAGUUCACAAUAAUUUGUUCAUUGCUAUUUUAUUGUGAAAACAUCACUCACUGCUUUACUUUCGACGAAAUUACGGUAAGAUUUUGUAUAUAUUUUAAGAAUUCGUUAGGAAUUAAGUUACAAAGUAAAAUUGUUUCAACUGGAAGUUGUUCCAGUAAAUAGUAUUUUGUGAUGCUGAUAUGUAGGCGU